GACCCAGUGGCCCCCCAAAGCCCCUGGGGAUGGGAGAUCAAAUCAUCUAACCAGUCAAGACGUGGUUUAAGAGAUUGGUGACGAGUGCAGGCCACGCAAGUAGGACGGCAAUGGCCGUACAGACGUCCAAAUGAGGAAGGAGCGCAAGUGAACUGCUCUGACUACUUCAUAGAUAAUCUACUCCAGCACUCGAGCAGAUGGCUUCAAAAACUGCCUCAGCAGCUGCCCAGAUAUCUCGUGGUGGCGCAAAUGCCGCCUUCAAUGACAAGGGCAAGCCAAUGGAAGUCCGGAUGUCUAACAUGGUCGCCGCCAAAGCCAUCAGUGAUGCUGUCCGGACAUCACUCGGCCCUCGAGGCAUGGAUAAGAUGAUUCAAACAUCAAAGGGAGAGGUCAUCAUCACUAAUGACGGAGCAACAAUUCUUAAGAGCAUACAAGCGCUUCAUCCGGCAGCCAAGAUGCUCGUCGACUUAUCCGCCGCCCAAGAUGUCGAGGCAGGUGAUGGAACAACCUCGGUUGUCGUCUUGGCUGGGAGCCUCCUGGGAGCAGCGGAAAAGAUGCUCGCGAAGGGCAUUCACCCGACAAUUGUGGCAGAGUCUUUCCUCAAAGCAUCUGCAAAAGCUGUGGAAUUCUUAACAGAAAUAUCAGUCCCCAUCGAUCUGAACGACAAGACUAGCCUCCUUCGCGCAGCCAGCACGUCCUUGAACUCCAAGAUCGUCUCCCAAUAUUCGUCUAUUCUCGCGCCGAUCGCCGUGUCUGCAGUCACUCGUUUGGUAACGCCAGAUUCUUCCAAUGUGGACCUACGGGAUAUCCGAGUCGUGAAAAAGGUCGGCGGUACCAUCGAAGACACCGAACUCGUGGAUGGUGUUGUCUUAAACCAAAAUGUCAUUGUCUCGGCCGGUGGCCCAACGCGCAUAGAAAAAGCCAAGAUAGCCAUCAUCCAGUUCCAACUUAGCGCUCCCAAACCAGAUAUGGACAACACUGUCGUCAUCAAUGAUUACAGACAGAUGGACAAGGUCAUCAAGGAGGGUCGCCAGUACCUCCUAAACAUAUGCAAAAAGAUAAAGAAGGCGAACUGCAACGUAGUUCUCAUACAAAAAUCCAUCUUACGUGACGCAGUCGAUGACACGUCGCUCAGCUUCCUCAAGCGUCUCAACAUCAUGGCCAUCAAAGACGUGGAGAGGGAUGAGAUACAAUUUCUGUCAAAGAGUCUCGGGUGCAAACCGAUCGCCGAUAUCGAGGCCUUCACGGAGGACAAGCUGGGAUGCGCUGACUUGGUCGAAGAAGCGUCUCAUUCUGGUGUGAAAGUCGUGAAAAUAACCGGAGUAAAAAACCCAGGACGGACCGUCAGCAUCCUUGCAAUGGGUGGCAACAACCUUGUUGUCGAGGAGUGCGAGCGAAGUCUGCACGAUGCACUCUGUGUUGUUCGGUGCCUCGUGAAAAAGAGAGCACUCAUCAGUGGUGGUGGCGCUCCGGAAAUUCACCUAUCCCGGAUGCUUUCUCAGUAUGCGCAAUCACUAAAGGGAAUGGAAGCUUAUUGUUUUCAAGCGUACGCCGAUGCGUUGGAAGUUAUUCCGACAACACUGGCGGAAAAUGCGGGCCUAAAUCCCAUCCUGAUCCUGACGGAACUCCGCAAUCGACACGCCCUCGGUGAUCGAAAUGCUGGCAUCAACGUCCGCACCGGCCUCAUAUCGAACAUUUUGGAGGAGGAUGUUGUCCAGCCGCUAUUAGUAUCGACAAGUGCCAUGGAGCUAGCGACGGAGACGGUUUGCUUGCUGCUAAAGAUCGAUGACUAUGUACAAGCACGAUGAAUAUUAUAGCGUAGAAAUAAGCACUAUAUUCACAUCCGCAUCUGCUCAACGGAUAGCGCAUUUCUUCCGCU